UCCCAAGCCCAGUUAAUUGCUGAAGUGGCCACAGCUGUGACACAGCCUGAGGGGAGCCCUGCACAGCCGCGUGUCUGCCUGAGGGAGGGAACUUGGACCGCAGAGCUUGAUGGAAGAUGGAUUUCAUAUCUGUACUCGAACAACGCCCAAAUCACACGACUCCCCUCGGUGACUCCAGGGAAGCCUGCCCAUCGAUUUCCACGAGGGAAUUGCGGCGAGCGGGAAGUGACGCGUUGUGAGGGAAGUGACGCCUGAGCGGCGGGAGCCCGGCGGAGCGGAGAGUGGCGGUGGCUGUGGCGGAGCGGGGCCGGUUGCGGCCAUGAACAGCCGCCUGCAGGAGAUCCGGGAGCGGCAGAAGCUCCGCCGGCAGCUCCUGGCACAGCAGCUAGGGGCCGAGAACGCCGACAGCAUCGGCGCCGUGCUCAACAGCAAGGAGGAGCAGCGGGAGAUCGCCGAGACCCGGGAGACAUGUCGGGCUGCUUAUGAUACUUCUGCACCAAAUGCAAAACGUAAAUAUCCAGAUGAGGGAGAAGCAGAUGAAGAAGAGAUUGAAGAAUAUAAGGAUGAAGUAGAGCUGCAGCAAGAUGAAGAGAACCUGCCCUAUGAAGAAGAGAUUUACAAAGAUUCCAGUACCUUUCUUAAGGGCACUCAGAGCUUAAAUCCACACAACGAUUACUGCCAGCACUUUGUGGAUACAGGACACAGACCCCAGAACUUCAUCAGAGAUGUUGGCUUAGCAGAUAGGUUUGAAGAAUAUCCAAAACUUAGAGAGCUCAUCAGAUUGAAGGAUGAGCUGAUAUCUAAAUCUAACACUCCUCCCAUGUAUUUACAGGCAGACUUGGAAGCAUUUGAUAUUAGGGAACUGAAGUCCAAAUUUGAUGUGAUUCUCCUGGAACCACCACUGGAAGAAUACUACCGGGAGACUGGCAUUACUGCCAAUGAAAAAUGCUGGACCUGGGAUGAUAUCAUGAAGUUGGAAAUUGAAGAAAUUGCAGCCCCAAGGUCAUUUGUGUUUCUGUGGUGCGGUUCAGGCGAGGGUCUGGAUCUGGGCCGAGUGUGUCUACGCAAAUGGGGUUACAGAAGAUGUGAGGACAUCUGCUGGAUUAAAACAAAUAAGAACAAUCCUGGAAAGACCAAGACUCUAGACCCUAAGGCUGUUUUCCAGAGAACCAAGGAGCACUGCCUCAUGGGCAUCAAGGGCACCGUGCGCCGCAGCACAGACGGGGACUUCAUCCACGCCAACGUUGACAUCGACCUCAUCAUCACUGAGGAGCCUGAAAUCGGCAACAUAGAAAAACCUGUGGAGAUUUUUCACAUUAUUGAGCAUUUCUGCCUUGGGCGACGGCGGCUUCACCUGUUUGGAAGGGACAGUACAAUCCGACCAGGUUGGCUGACGGUUGGUCCCACCCUCACCAACAGCAACUUCAACGCAGAGACAUAUUCCUCGUACUUCACGGCUCCCAACUCCCACCUGACGGGCUGCACCGAGGAGAUCGAGCGGCUGCGGCCCAAGUCGCCGCCGCCCAAGUCCAAGUCUGACCGUGGCGGGGGUGCUCCCAGGGGAGGAGGCCGAGGAGGGACUGCGGCCGGCAGGGGAGAGAGGGGCAGAGAGAGGAACAGAACGAACUUCCGUGGUGAACGGGGUGGCUUCCGAGGGGGCCGAGGAGGGACCCACCGAGGGGGCUUCCCCACCCGCUGAGGAGGUAACAGCUUCUUACCUCAUCCCACGCCUUGUCUCUGAAUCUCCUUCUAAAGCCUUUUUUUUUCCUGAAAUUAAUUCCUCUGGGGACUCCAGCCAGAUGACUUGUGAAAUUGGUUUUGGUGAGGCUGUUUCAGUCUUCCAUGCCCGGGCUGGCAUGGCCCCACCUUGCCUGGCAGCACGGAAUUCACAGCAGGGAGCACCAUCUCUUCACACACCACGGGAAGGAGGGAAGGGAAGGUACUUGCUCUGCUCUUAGGAAAACUGGGGGGGUGGGGGUGGUAUGAUUUUUUUUUCAGCUGUCAUUUUCUCCAAAACA